CGACGUUGACGAUCUAUUAUUCUUUAAAUUAUUGGACGGUGCCGCUGGAUCAACGGAGGAACGUUUGUUUGCCGAAAUUAUUCCAUCAGUCGGUCACAGAUUAAAAAUAAUAACUGCUGCUAGAGAGGUUAGUAGGUCAGGGUCAAACUUUGAGCAGAUUACCCUUAAUUUUAAUUGUAGUAUUUGUGCAUUUAAGUUUAGUUCGUUCAAAGAGUAUUGGCAGCAUAUUAAGGAAUUCCAUGAGAUUAGAAAAGGAAAAGUUAGAUUAAAUUGUCCGUUGUGUUCAAUGAUUUUUACUGAAUUAGACAAUCUUCAAAAACAUAUUCACAGAAAUGUUUGCUCAGUACAUAGAAAUGUUUCAGGAUAUUUUAAUAAUUCUGACACUCUAGAAAAUAAUACUAAACAUAAUGAUAAGUGCAGUAGUGAAGAAUUUUUUCCCCCAAAUGUCAUCUAUGAAAUUAAUUUAGAUUAUAAAUUAGCUUUUAUAAAAUCUUUGCAAAUGUCUGGUGGAAUUUCAUUACUUAAAUCAAAUGAAAUUUUAUCUAAUGCAAAUUCUUUAGUCAACAGCAUCAUUGAAGUUGCAAAAGAUUUUUCAAAAACUAGUUCUAAUUCAGCUCAAAUUUUAGUUAAUUUAAAUACGUUAAGGGACCCUUUUCCAAAUAGUUCUUCCUCACAAUAUGAAUUGGAGAAAAUUUUAAAACAAAAAUCUCUUUUAGUCGAACCAAAAGAAAUAAAAUUGGGUUCUCACUUUAAAUUUGAUAAAAAUAAAGGACUGAUGCAAGAAAAAGGAGACAACCUAUAUCUUUUUGAAUUAUCUAAAACAUUGCCAAUCAUUCUUAAAAAGUAUUCCAAAAUCGCCGAUAGUGUCAAUGUAGGAAUAAAUCCGGAAAUUUUGGAAAAUUUUAAGUCAGGUGAUCUGUUUAAAACUUUUAAAAAUAAUCCAUUAUGCUUACAAAUUUAUUAUGAUGAUGUGGAAAUUUGUAACCCGUUGGGAACAAAAGCAAAAAUCCACAAACUGGCCUUAUUUUAUUUUGUAAUUGCUAAUUUUCCACCUCAAUUAAAUGCAAAGCUUGAAAAUAUUUUUCCGCUUGUGGUAGUCAAAUCCAAAUUUGUCAAAGAAUAUGGAAUGAAUUUAAUUCUUGGACCAUUAGUUGAUGAAUUAAAUUCAUUGCAUGAAAGUUCACAAAAGAUAGCUGUCCUUGCAAAUAGCCAAUUUAGUCACGUUCAAGUACUCCAGUUUUGUGGCGAUAAUCUUGGUUUGCAUACUAUUUUAGGAUUUGUGGAAAGUUUUAACGCAAAUUUUCGCUGUCGUUUUUGCAAAAUGGAGAAGGAAAAUACAUACAUAUCUGUAGUAGCAUCAAUCCAUAAGAGGCGCAUUUUAUCCCUAUAUGAAAAUGAUUUAGGCUUGGAAAAUGUUAGUUUGACGGGGAUUAGGGAAAGUUCAAUUGUUAAUGACAUUAAGGGAUUUCAUGUCACUAAUAAUUUUGCUCCUGAUAUCAUGCAUGAUAUUUUAGAAGGAAUCUGCAUCACCGAACUGAAAUUAUUUUUGAAACAUGUCAUUAAUAAUGGUAGUUUAUCUAUAAGGCAGAUUAAUCACAGGCUCUCAUCUUCAUUUAAAAAGAAUAGUCAUGCAGUAUCAAAAUUGCCUGAAAUCGAUUCCAGUUUUGUUGACGGCGACAAAAAAUCCUGCUUUUCUGCUUCCGAAAUGAACCAUUUUUUCUUAAUAUUUCCUGCAGUAUUUGGUGAUAAGUUUAGUAGGAAUGAUAAGCACUGGGAUUUAAUUAUCAUGCUUCGCCGCUUUAUACGUAUUUUAAUGGCACCAAGAAUAAAUAGGGUUGGGGUUUCUUUGUUAAAUAAUUUAAUUGCUGAGCAUCACAGUGCAUUUCUCAAACUGUCUCAAUCUAAGUUAACCCCAAAGUUUCAUCACUUAUUGCAUUAUGCACAAGCUAUAAGACAAUUAGGGCCACUUAAGAAUUAUUGGUGUAUGCGGUUUGAAGCCAAACACCGUCUUGCAAAAACAAUUGGCAAGAAUUGCUAUAAUUUCAGAAAUAUUGCAAAAACUGUUUCAAGAAGAAUGGCACUGAAUUUGGCAUUUUCAAUUGGAUGCGAAUUAGUUGGAGAAAUAACUUAUGGAUCUGGUUCCAAAAUUGCAUUUAAAGAUCUGAGAAUAUCGUUUGAUUUUUCAAAACUUUCAUUAAAUGCAUGUGACGAAAUAUUUUGCAUGGACUCGGUCACAAUUUGUGGUACGAAAAUAAAACCUGAAAAUUAUUUUAUUUUAAAAAAUGAAUCAACAAGUGUACAGUUUGUUCAAAUUAGUCUGUGUUUUUUUCAUAAUGAGAGAACACAUUUAGUAGUCAGGCAGGUGAAGUACGAGGAAAAGUUUAGGAAUUCAUAUUUGUUCAAAAUAGUUAGCUUUGAAAAUCCUGUACUUAUUGACCCUGAAAAAAUUUAUUUAGAGAGUCCCUUAGUCGUUGUUAAUUGCUUGGACGAUCCUCAGGGCCACGGUCUUAUCUGCUGUCCAAUAGAAUUUGUCUAGGCAAACAAACUUCCGAAACUUGCCAGCGUGCACCAAAUGGUAACAUGAAUAUUAUGCUGGGGGAUGACAAUUCCGUAAAUUGCGGUCAGGAACCAGAUAAAGAGGAGCACGUAGAAAUUACUUUUGUCACGUUCAAUCCGCUUUUUGAUAUUAAACAAAUCAUUUUAAAUUCUGAUGAAGACAAAGGAACUGCAAAUGGAAUGAAUGUGCUUGAAGAAAUAUCGCGAUCCAGCCUCCUCACCUCCGACACAAAAACUCUCAUAAAGCGUCGUAUUGUUAACUUUCUGGUGAAGAACUAUUCAUAUCAUCCUUCAAAAGAAGUUAAAGAGAACUUGGCGAAAUGUGUUGCAAUGCAGCUAUUUCAAAAUCUUAAUUGUGAGCAGCAAAAAAACAUUGAGAAUAUGUUUUACCGAAAAUCUGAGGUGAAAGAAAAAACGAAGAAAAAAAAUUCGGCGUCAGGGCUCAUUGAAGACAGGUUGAAACAUUUGCGGAGAAAACGUAACGUCACUAAGCCUCGGAAACCUGAAUCGUGUCUGGAGAUUACUAAGCCAUCAGAAGAUGAAGAAGACAAGAAAUCGUGGUUGCGUUAUACUUCAUCUCCACUAAAUCAAGUUGCAGAAUACAUGGCGCAGACUUUUCGAUUGAGAUCAGAAGAGUUAAAGACAAAUGAUCUGUUGACUACCUUAAAUGAAUGGCCGCGACUAAUUGAUACUACUGGGAUGAUUGACCUAGAUUUUUCCAUUCGAUAUCCUGACAAAGGCGAUAUGAUGCUGCACAAAUGGACUUGUAUUUCAAAUCAAAUUUGGAAAUAUGCAGUAAAAACGAGGGCGAAUAUUCAUGGGGAAAUUGGGAUUUCCAAGAACGUAGAGGAAUGGUCGAAGGACGAAAUAAAUUCCGGAUCUUUACUAUUGCUUCCGUAUUUGUUUUCAAAAUCUGCUUAUACUCAAGAUGGCAAAAAGAGACGAAGAAUUACCGGAGCCCAUUCUCCUGAAUUCUUCGUACAGUUUUUUCAAAGAAAUGAAGAUCUUGAAGAAUUUCGUUUAGCAGAAUCCGUGAGAACGCAGCCAUUUGUUAUUUGUAUAGGAAACUUGAAGUUUCUUGACAUCCAACAAGCUUUCGUCAUGGUGGAACGGCGCCUCAUUGCUGCAGAGUCUUUCGUAAAAGCUGUGGAUCUCUGUUUCAAGAUCUUUUACGUCCUAGAACUUAAAUUUCCCGAAGAGUGUAAGAGUGUUUGGGAGUUUUUCGACUGCACAGUUUUCCAAACUAACAAAGUUAGGUCGUCAUCGUCUUCAGUCUUGUCGCUUUCGUCACAAAUCACCAUGGACGAAGGAUUAAAUGAAGAUUGAUUAUUUAAUUUUACUAAUUAAAAUAAGACGUACGGGUAUUAUGUACGGGUAUUAUUUUUAUUUAUUGUCAGUAUUGUUAAUACGCUUAAUAAGUACAGUAAUAUAAGUAAUAUAUUAUUAAUAUCACUGUCAUUAUAAAUUAUAAAUGUACUAGCUCUAGUAAACAACAUAAUAAAUAAUUAUAAAUUAAAGAGCAUUCAA